UUCAAAACAAUUUCUAGUUGGGCAUGCUGUACCAAAUGGUAGAAAUUGAAGGGGGAAACUAGUUUGCCUUAACAAUGCAAACAUAGCACUUUCCUUGACAAGUUGUCAUUAAGAAUAGUCUUUAAAGGACUUCCUUCAGACCUUUUAAAGCCCCUGACAGGAAUGCUAAUUUUAUGGAUGAAGCUUUUUCUUUUCUCCAGCUUGGUUGGCUCAAUGGAGUUAGAGAAUGGCAAGAGGAGUUCGUUGGCAACAUGAGCUCUAGAGAAUUUGUACCAGAGAUCUCUUAUGCAGUCGUAUCUUCGUCUUUACCCCAAGGGGAGAGGAUUAAAAAUUUGCCUAUAGGGGCUACUGUUAUUGAUUAUUCCUACAUGAUACACACCGACAAUGGAAACAAAAUGGUGGUGGAGAAGGUCAAUGGUAAUCUUGUUUCUCCCACGCAUGUGCUUGCCAAUGCUGAAGUUGUGGAGAUUAUCACCUAUAACUUCUUGAGGGAGCAAGCUGCACCAUCUGCUGCGGAAAUAACAACGGAUAGAGUAAACGACUUCAUUGCUUAUUCUGAAGAGGAUAGUGAAAUGGAAGACCUCUCGUAUAGUUCCAGACAAAACAGACCUCUAUGGGAGAAGAUCCUGAGGAACAUUGUGGAUUUUUCAACCUCAGGAAGUUCUGAAGAUGCCUUGACGGUAAAAAAUGGAAGUAUUUGGGUCCCUAAGGUCAAUGGGAAACAUAACAAACAAGAACAGGAUGUGGGUUCAAAGGCCAAUGGCUACUUGUUUUCACUGGGCAAUGGUGCUGCAAAAAUGAUACCUGCAAACGAUCCACCUCAGAAGGAGGUCUUGCCCGGUUUGGAAAGUUGGCAAGCCAGUAAAAUCGCCUCGUGGCACAAUCUUGAAGGACAUCCUAUCCAGUGGUUUUCUGUCGUUUGUAUAGACAGAAGAGGUAAAUCCUUUAGCAAUUGUGUUCUGGUUAUUUACACAUAUUUGGUGGCAUAUUGAUGCUAGUGACUUAGAAAUUUGAAUGACUAAAGUAGGCACAUAUUUUGCCAUGAAAUUAGCUACGGAUCCAAUGAGACUGUUGACUUACAGUCUUUUAGUUAAGUUGUUUCCCAAGAAUUGAAAAGUAAUGAGACUGUUGACUUACAGUCUUUUAGUUAAGUUGUUUCACAGUCUUUUAGUUAAGUUGUUUCCCAAGAAUUGAAAAGUAAUGAGACUGUUGACUUACAGUCUUUUAGUUAAGUUGUUUCCCAAGAAUUGAAAAGUGUAAUUGGGGUCCAAUUACACCUAAUUUGAUAGGACUCGCGAAUUGUAAUGGUUAUCCAAUUAUGUUAUUAUUGUGUAAUUAUAAAUAAUUACUCUUAAAUUCAAUUACUAGGUGACUUUCCAAACACAA